GCAAAGCAGAGCAAGUAAACAUGCCGACCACAUUCCGGCUUCCAACGAACACCACCUGAUCCCCUCGAUUAUCCGCGUUGGCAUAUACCGGUCCCUCUUGGAUUGCGCCACCUGCAGUAUCUCGCUAUCGUCCUCCUGUACUUACCCGUCGGCAGUGUUGGCUACCUACUGCACUCAAUCUUCUUUAUUGGACAUCCUUGAAUCCUCGACAUCGACCCCAAUUCGAGCCACGGAUGGCGACCGGACCCAUCUAGUUCAACAUCUGCUACGCUCCCUUGAGUUCGUUUCAUGCGCAGUGGUGGCUUUCAAGUUUGUUGCCAAUGUGAUUACCCCUUAUCUUUCGCGACAAUGACGGCGUCCCGAGAACCAUCUACGCCGGAUCUGCAGCCUCGCCCACCAGUCACGGGAUACCAUGGCAAGCUGUCUGUUCCCGUCAAGAAGACAUCCAGCGGUCUUCAGAGCAGCGCAACUUGGACGUCAAACAGCGGCGAUUACAUGUCCGACACUGAUGAGAUCGCGAAUCGAGAUGAUUUCGUUCAAGAGUACAACAGGCUGGCGAAGAAGCAUGGAGUGCGUCCACUGGUCCCUGAUCCGCCCGAAAUUUCCGAGUUCGAUGGGAUCGCUCCGAGACGGAACUGGUGGUCACGCACCUUCAGGAGGACUUCAAGCCAGUCUACGGAGCAUAGUGUGAAGCGCAAACGCAGUGUUGGCCAUGUGACGGCUCACAUGAUGCACCCGAAGAGGGACAGCCUCAAAGACCAAGAUCUGCAGGGCCUCGUACGGCUAUGUGGCAAGAGCUUCUUAUAUCUGCCGCCCGAGUAUGCGCCUGGAUCCCUCGUGCUGCCAACAUGCUUCCGCGCCACUGCACAGCACUUGGUGCAUUCCGGUUCGAUUCGAGUGGUCAACGAGCUCUACGAGUUCUACUGCGCACAUCAGGCAGGAGGCGAUGUCGCCAACACUGUUCGAAGCCCAAAUCUUCCCCUUCACAUCAACGCCGGUAUCCAUGAUGUUGCGUCCCUGUUCAAGAAAUUUUUGGCCGGCCUCCCCGGAGGUAUCCUUGGAUCUCUAUCACUGUUUGACGCACUGGUUGCGAUCAACAGCCAGCUGUACACUGACCCCGAGUUCAGCAGGACAAAACAGAGCAAGCUCCGUGCGCGGCUGAUUGCUCUUGCUGUCGGAACCUUGAGGUCGCAAUACAGGAGAGAACUCAUCUGUGCUGUUUUUGGUCUGCUGUGCCUGCUCGGAAGAGCUGCGGAGACAGCUCCGCGGGAAGAUGAUACGGGAAGGCCGUUGCCCACUUCCGACCUUAUGGGCUACAGUGCUCUUGGGAUCGUCUUUGGCCCUCUCCUGAUAGGCGACAUGCUUGGCUCUCAUUCCGUGAAACUGGCAGACCCCAGCUCUGGGCUGUUCUUGGUGCCAGUCUCACCUCAGCCGAAGUCCAAAAAGGAGAAGAAAAAGGCCAAGGAGCAGCCCGAGGAGCCGCCACAACCUUUCUGGGACGUGGACAAGAUCCACGUUGUCAACGAUAUCACUGAGAUGCUAAUCACAAACUGGAGAGAUGUUGUUAAGCAGAUGAGAAACAUGGACGGAAAUUUGAGCAUCUUGCGCCGUCGCAGCCGUGCCUCUAUUUCCGAUGACUCGAGACUAGUGAAGAACUUCACGAGGACUCCGGAAGACGGCUUCGCUCAUCACAGAUCUGUCGACAUCGAGACGUCAGAGGAUCGCCCGCCUAGUCCUAUAGCUUCUUCCUCUAGGGCCGUGUCUUUCAAACAGACAGAUAGAACCAGCGAAGCUCUUUCCGUGAAGAAGACGCGCCAAACCCCUGCCCGCUCCCCUUCGAAUUAUACCCGGGGCCCAAAUUUGGGAUUACUCUCACCCCCAAGAGAAGAGCCUAGUAGCGAGGACCAAGAGAUAACAACUACGACACCCUUGAAAAGCUCCCUCAGAUCACCAACCAAGAGUACAACGCAAAGUCAGAAGACAAGUGGGCCAGAAAAUCACGAAAACAUCCCACCCAGCAGCGAGGGUGAAGUCACAACGAUACAACAGGUCUGCAUCUCAUCCGCGCCUGCGAAAUCACUAGAACGGACAAGACCAGAAGCUGAGGCCACACGCAUUGAAUAUCUGGAAUCAGGCAAGACUGAGAGAGACAAAACAACACACGAGGCAAAUGUUAGUACUCCACAACGUCGUGAGCAUAGUAGAACACCAUCGAAAGUUCCAAAGCCCAAGAACCAUGAGGACCUGGGCGUGGAUUCUGUGAAGAACCUGAAGCCCAAGUUCUCGUGCGAUCUGGACUCGAUGACUGCGUGCACGGUGGUCCCGGGCGCGAAAAUAUUGAGUGGUACUUCCACAAUGCAUUACCGGCCCAAGACGUCUUACACAGACUCGACCACUGAGUCGACAAAUGUUGGUUCGGCCAGCCGCUCAAUUAGAUCCACACAAGGAAAGGAGCACCAAAACACGCAGAGAUUGGCCAUAGGUUCGGCGCAUAUCGUCACCCCUGACCAGAUGGAUGGGGCGGUAGAUGUUGCCUUGACCAGAAACUUAUGCCGUGGAUCGUUCCGGGAUCUCAAGGACCAAUUCGAAGCACGAAACAAUGGUGUCAAUCGACCAUCAUCGUAUCCUAUCUGGAAGAGCAGGUCCAGGAUUGAUUUGCCGCUGCACAAUGAUGCGAACGCCCAUCAUCAGACACCGUCCUUGGACACUCCACGAAAAGGCUCUCCCGUGUCAGCCUUUGGGAGCCGUGAUGACCUCAAGCGUGGUGCUGGCAAGGUGCUGGGUUUGGCCGCGAAGUUCGACAGUGCCGCCAAAACCUCCCGUUUCGUGCCUGUCGGAGAGGGCGGCGAAUGUAAAUAUCGACGAGAAGCCGCUGGAUUAGUGUCGCCAUACACCAGCAAUCCAUCACCUACUCAUUCUAUUACUACAACGUCAACGCCAGCCUCGUUGAUGUGUCGGUCGCGAGAUCCGAUGGUCUUGCCAUCAAAUGUCGAAAAUUCCAGGAAGUCGAAAAUUCCAAGACCACAGCAUGCCGACAGUGGUGGCAGGUCUGCACGUGAAUUUGGUCCUGAACCUGCACGAACCGGAACAGGGUCCACGCCAUCGCAUCCUGAGAGAUCAAUGUUGCUCACCCCCUCAAAACCACCCAUCAAGGAGGUCUCUGAGGCCACCGUGGUAUCCUUGGCGCAGCUGGAUGGUUCACCGAGAGAUUGCUUGUCAAAAAUACCAAGACCUGCUCCCACACUUUCACCUGGACACGAACUGACGCCCGUUGCCUAUCACUCUAGCCCCAUUAUGCCAACCGCAACGACUUCUAGUAAUAGUGGUUUACCGCGCCUCUCACAAUACAGCAUGACACCGUCAUCUGGCGAACCUCUGAGCUAUAUCCAGAAGACAAGCUUACACAACCUUAGCUUUAGCCCAAGCAACGGUCUAGGCCGAGGCCGCAAUGCCUCCUCUCUCCGAGACCAGAUUCGGAGUCUAAGACAAGAACUGUCGGCCAAGAAUGAAGAGUGUGUCCAGCUUCGUCUGGAUUUCGAGGAGAGGAGGAAGGCAAGCGAAGUGAACGAAAUCCUACUGCGAGAAGACCUUGAAGGUGCCAAGGCGGAUUUGGCCAAGUGGAAGCGGAGGGCCGAGAAGGCAGAGGAUAAAGUCGAAAGACUGGAGAGUACUGCCAGAAGACUGCACAGUGGUGGGCGUAACCACGACUUCUCCUUCGUCAGCGGACUGCCCGACGCUAUCGACAUUAGUGAGCGGGCCCCGCAAUAUCAGACACUGUCACCGAGAAUGAACCAGAGCGCAAGGAGAGCUCCUGAGAAUAUUCGGCCGACUGGUCCUCCCUUUCUAAUGGGUGGUGAUGCAAUGUCAGAUUGUUCCGGGAGUACGGUUGUGAGAAAUAUACGAGGGGCUGAGGAGGGACACUGGGCUCCUUUCGAUGAGCAGGUUGGGAUUCCCGCUCCCAUACCUAUGGAUGAAUUUUUGUAGGCGCUGUUUGCUUGAUGUCGGCUGUUCGCCGGGUCAAUUUUGGUGCGAGUGGCAUGUUUGGCUUCAGAGAUGGGGUGUACCACGAGGUACAACGGGUUCCUACUUGUCAAUAAGUUUCCUUAUGCAGCCUAGAAUUCGAGGUUUUGUUUUGGGGGGACGAGAAUGGGUUUGGGUAAGAUCGCAUUGU